AUGAGACGUGAUAUAACGAUAAAUGCAUUAUCUCAUGAUAUUCAUAAUGAUCAAAUCGAAGAUCAAACUGAAUUAGGCCUGCAAGAUUUAAAGAAUGGUUUGAUUAAAACACCUUUACCUGCUUUAGAAACUUUCAAACAUGAUCCACUUCGAGUAUUACGUUGUAUGAGGUUUUCAAGUUGA